CGUCAUGAUAAAGCGUUCGUGAAUUUUUGAGAAUAACAUGUUUGCUACCUUAUCACGAUAACAGAUUCUGGACACUCAGAGGGGGGCCGGUGAUCUGAAUCAAUUUCGGUGCAAGCUGAAUGCAUAUACAAUUCUGCUCAACCAUGGCGUAUGUGACAGCGGACUUGUUCCGCGAUUCUAUGGUUGUCGAGCGGCUUGAUCCAGCUGCAUUUCAGCCAGCGCUGCAGCAGUUUGUUCACGACAAAUUCCGUCCGAGAGCGAUUCUUCUCGAGUACGUCCCAGACGCUGAAAUGCUUCGGAAGACCUCUAUGACAUGGCGAUUGAAGGUAUUCGACAGAUACAUCAUGCUCGCAUGUUUCACCAGGAUAUAUGCUCUCAAAAUAUUCUUCUUGUGCCCGGCAAGGAGAAGAGACUGGUAAGGAUUGAUUUCAAUGUUGUGACCACAUUUGAGAGCCCGGGCCUUCAGGAACAAGAG